AUGGGCUUUGUCCAGCUGGUCGGAGGGGACAGUCCCUGCUCAGGACGUGUGGAGAUCGAUGAUGGGAAGGAGUGGAAACCUGUCUGCGCCUCAGACUUUGAUCUGAGAGCUGCCAACGUGGUCUGCAGGGAGCUGCAGGGAUCCCCCAGGACCCAGCCCUGCAGCCAUGCAGAUGCUGUUGGAGUCACCUGCACAAAGUUCACAGGGUUCAGGCUGGCGAAUGGCAGCAGAGGCUGUGAGGGGAGAGUGGAGGUCCAAGUGCAGGGGACGUGGGGCACCCUCUGUGACUGGCGCUGGGACCUGCUGGAUGCCCACGUUCUCUGUCGUCACCUCAACUGUGGCUUUGCUGAGUCCGUUCCUGGAGGAGGCCAUUUUGGGAGAGGCACAGGCCCUGUCUGGAGAGACUCCUUCCACUGUGCUGGCACUGAAGCCCAGCUGGGCCAGUGCCCCGUGAGCAGCCUGGGGGCCUCUCUAUGCUCCCAUGAGCAGGAUGCUGCUGUCAUUUGCUCAGCUGGCUCCGGUUCCCUGCGGCUGGUGGGUGGAGGGAGCCGCUGCGAUGGACGAGUGGAAAUCUUGCGGCGUGGGACGUGGGGCAGGGUCCUGGCAGAGCAGUGGCACCUGCAGGAGGCCAGCGUGGUGUGCCGGCAGCUGCGGUGCGGAGAGGCAGAGGCAGCCUACACCCUGCCCAAGGCUGAGAGAGGGCAGGGCCCCGUGGGGCUGCGAGGGGUGCGGUGUGCAGGGCGUGAGGCCAGCCUGCAGCUCUGCAACACCUCCCUGCCCCAGAGCGUGCUGGCAGCAGGCAUUGCAGAGGAUGUGGGGGUCUCUUGCAGUGGGAGCCGGCAGGUGCGGCUGGCAGGGGGCCGCGGGCGCUGCGAGGGCAGAGUGGAGAUCUACUCCCAGGGCAGCUGGGGCAGCGUCUGCGAUGACAGCUGGGACCUGGCCGAUGCCAGCGUCGUUUGCCAGCAGCUGGGCUGCGGAGGGGCGCUGCAGGCGGUUGGCUCCGCUGGCUUCGGGGCAGGCUCUGGGCACAUCUGGCUGGAUGGGGUCAACUGCUCCGGGGCCGAAGCUGCUCUCUGGGAGUGCCCAGCAGGGCCCUGGGGGCAGCACGACUGCGGGCACAAAGAGGACGCCGGAGUCAUCUGCUCAGAGUUCGUGGCCCUGAGGCUGGAGAAGAGCAGCAACUGCUCCGGGCGCCUGCAGGUGUUCUACAACGGCACCUGGGGCAAUGUCUGCUCCAACUCAAUGACUCCCAGAACUGUCUCACUGGCAUGCAAGGAGCUGGGCUGUGGGGAUACAGGGGACUUGGAUACAAACCUGCCCUAUGCUAGGGUGUCUGAUGCUGCCUGGCUGGAUCGAGUGCAGUGUGGGGAGAGAAACAGCUCCUUCUGGCAGUGUCCCUCUGCUCCCUGGCACCUGCACUCUUGUGAAGACCUGAGAGAUGAGACCCACAUCAUCUGCCAUGGAGCUGCAGAGGUGAGGCUGGCAGAUGGCGGCAGGCGCUGUGCUGGGAGAGUGGAGGUGAAACACGAGGGACAGUGGGGGACUGUGUGUGGUGACUACUGGGACAUGAAGGAUGCUGCAGUGGUUUGUAGACAGCUGGGAUGUGGAUCUGCUCUGGAAGUUCGUCCAAAGUCAUACUUUGGGCCAGGAUCUGGCACCAUUUGGAUGGAUGAUGUUGAGUGUGAUGGCUCUGAGCCUGCCCUGUCUGACUGCGCACACAGAGGAUGGGGUCAGCAUAACUGUGUCCAUUUUGAAGAUGCUGGAGUGAUCUGUUCAGGCUUUGUCCAGCUGGUUGGAGGGGAUAGUCCCUGCUCAGGACGUGUGGAAAUCCAUGAUGGGAAGGAGUGGAAAGCUGUCUGUGACUCAGCCUUCAAUCUGAAAGCUGCCAACGUGGUCUGCAGGGAGCUGCAGUGUGGCACAGCCCUGUCGGUGCAUGGGGCAGUUCAGGGAUCCCCCAGGACCCAGCCCUGCAGCCAUGCAGAUGCUGUUGGAGUCACCUGCACACGGUUCAGGCUGGUGAAUGGCAGCAGAGGCUGUGAGGGGAGGGUGGAGGUUGAUGUAGAGGGGACGUGGGGCACCCUCUGUGACUGGCGCUGGGACCUGCUGGACGCCCACGUUCUCUGUCGUCACCUCAAUUGUGGCUUUGCUGAGUCCGUUCCUGGAGGAGGCCAUUUUGGGAGAGGCACAGGCCCUGUCUGGAGAGACUCCUUCCACUGUGCUGGCACUGAAGCCCAGCUGGGCCAGUGCCCCGUGAGCAGCCUGGGGGCCUCUCUGUGCUCCCAUGAGCAGGACGCUGCUGUCAUUUGCUCAGCUGGCUCCGGUUCCCUGCGGCUGGUGGGUGGAGGGAGCCGCUGCGAUGGACGAGUGGAGAUCUUGCGGCGUGGGACGUGGGGCAGGGUCCUGGCAGAGCAGUGGCACCUGCAGGAGGCCAGCGUGGUGUGUCGGCAGCUGCGGUGUGGAGAAGCAGAGGCAGCCUACACCCUGCCAAAGGCUGAGAGAGGGCAGGGCCCCGUGGGGCUGCGAGGGGUGCGGUGUGCAGGGCACGAGGCCAGCCUGCAGCUCUGCAACACCUCCCUGCCCCAGAGCAUGCUGUCAGCAGGCAUUGCAGAGGAUGUGGGGGUCUCUUGCAGUGGCAGCCGGCAGGUGCGGCUGGCAGAGGGCCGCGGGCGCUGCGAGGGCAGAGUGGAGAUCUACUCGCAGGGCAGCUGGGGCAGCGUCUGCGAUGACAGCUGGGACCUGGCCGAUGCCAGCGUCGUUUGCCAGCAGCUGGGCUGCGGAGGGGCGCUGCAGGCGGUUGGCUCCGCUGGCUUCGGGGCAGGCUCUGGGCACAUCUGGCUGGAUGGGGUCAACUGCUCCGGGGCCGAAGCUGCUCUCUGGGAGUGCCCGGCAGGGCCCUGGGGGCAGCACGACUGCGGGCACAAAGAGGACGCCGGAGUCAUCUGCUCAGAUUUCGUGGCCCUGAGGCUGGAGAACAGCAGCAACUGCUCCGGGCGCCUGCAGGUGUUCUACAAUGGCACCUGGGGCAAUGUCUGCUCCAACUCAAUGACUCUCAGAACUGUGUCCCUGGCAUGCAAGGAGCUGGGCUGUGGGGACAGAGGAUACCUGGAUGCAAACCUGCCCUCUGCUAGGGUGUCUGCUGCUGCCUGGCUGGAUCGAGUGCAGUGUGGGGAGAGAAACAGCUCCUUCUGGCAGUGUCCCUCUGCUCCCUGGCACCUGCACUCUUGUGAAGACCUGAGAGAUGAGACCCACAUUAUCUGCCAUGGAGCUGCAGAGGUGAGGCUGGCAGAUGGCGGCAGGCGCUGUGCUGGGAGAGUGGAGGUGAAACACGAGGGACAGUGGGGGACUGUGUGUGGUGACCACUGGGACAUGAAGGAUGCUGCAGUGGUUUGUAGGCAGCUGGGAUGUGGAUCUGCUCUGGAAGUUCAUUUCGGUCGAAGCUUUGGGCCAGGAUCUGGCCCCAUUUGGAUGGAUGAUGUUCAGUGUGAUGGCUCCGAGUCUGCCCUGUCUGACUGCACACACAAUGGAUGGGGUGAGAACAACUGUGGUCAUAAUGAGGAUGUUGGAGUGACCUGUUCAGGCUUUGUCCAACUGGUUGGAGGGGACAGUCCCUGCUCAGGACGUGUGGAAAUCCAUGAUGGCAAGGAGUGGAAACCUGUCUGUGCCUCAGACUUUGAUCUGAAAGCUGCCAACGUGGUCUGCAGGGAGCUGCAGUGUGGCACAGCCCUGUCGGUGCAUGGGGCAGCUCAGUUUGGAGAUUGGGCUGGUCCCAUGUGGGACAGAGAGCUGCAGUGUGUGGGGAAUGAAUCUCUUCUUGUCUCCUGCCCCAGGGGAUCCCCCAGGACCCAGCCCUGCAGCCAUGCAGAUGCUGUUGGAGUCACCUGCACACAGUUCACAGAAUACAGGCUGGUGAAUGGCAGCAGAGGCUGUGAGGGGAGGGUGGAGGUCCAAGUGCAUGGGACGUGGGGCACCCUCUGUGACUGGCGCUGGGACCUGCUGGACGCCCACGUUCUCUGUCGUCACCUCAACUGUGGCUUUGCUGAGUCCGUUCCUGGAGGAGGCCACUUUGGGAGAGGCACAGGCCCUGUCUGGAGAGACUCCUUCCACUGUGCUGGCACUGAAGCCCAGCUGGGCCAGUGCCCCGUGAGCAGCCUGGGGGCCUCUCUGUGCUCCCAUGAGCAGGACGCUGCUGUCAUUUGCUCAGCUGGCUCCGGUUCCCUGCGGCUGGUGGGUGGAGGGAGCCGCUGCGAUGGACGAGUGGAGAUUUUGCGGCGUGGGACGUGGGGCAGGGUCCUGGCAGAGCAGUGGCACCUGCAGGAGGCCAGCGUGGUGUGCCGGCAGCUGCGGUGCGGAGAGGCAGAGGCAGCCUACACCCUGCCCAAGGCUGAGAGAGGGCAGGGCCCCGUGGGGCUGCGAGGGGUGCGGUGUGCAGGGCACGAGGCCAGCCUGCAGCUCUGCAACACCUCCCUGCCCCAGAGCGUGCUGGCAGCAGGCAUUGCAGAGGAUGUGGGGGUCUCUUGCAGCGGCAGCCGGCAGGUGCGGCUGGCAGGGGGCCGCGGGCGCUGCGAGGGCAGAGUGGAGAUCUACUCGCAGGGCAGCUGGGGCAGCGUCUGCGAUGACAGCUGGGACCUGGCCGAUGCCAGCGUCGUUUGCCAGCAGCUGGGCUGCGGAGGGGCGCUGCAGGCGGUUGGCUCCGCUGGCUUCGGGGCAGGCUCUGGGCACAUCUGGCUGGAUGGGGUCAACUGCUCCGGGGCCGAAGCUGCUCUCUGGGAGUGCCCGGCAGGGCCCUGGGGGCAGCACGACUGCGGGCACAAAGAGGACGCCGGAGUCAUCUGCUCAGAGUUCGUGGCCCUGAGGCUGGAGAACAGCAGCAACUGCUCCGGGCGCCUGCAGGUGUUCUACAAUGGCACCUGGGGCAAUGUCUGCUCCAACUCAAUGACUCCCAGAACUGUGUCCCUGGCAUGCAAGGAGCUGGGCUGUGGGGACAGAGGAUACCUGGAUGCAAACCUGCCCUCUGCUAGGGUGUCUGCUGCUGCCUGGCUGGAUCGAGUGCAGUGUGGGGAAAGAAACAGCUCCUUCUGGCAGUGUCCCUCUGCUCCCUGGCACCUGCACUCUUGUGAAGACCUGAGAGAUGAGACCCACAUCAUCUGCCAUGCCAGGGAGAAGAUUCGUGCCGUGGGAGGGCAGCACAGGUGCUCAGGCAGAGUGGAGGUCUGGCUGCACGGCUCCUGGGGCACGGUGUGCGACGACUCCUGGGACAGGCAGGAUGCCCAGGUGGCAUGCAGGCAGCUGGGCUGUGGCCCUGUGCUGUCUGCCCCGGGGGAGGCUGCCUUUGGGGAGGGGACAGGCCCCAUCUGGCUGGAGCAGGUGGAGUGCCAGGGCACAGAGCCAUCUCUGCAGGAGUGCUGGGCCCGGCCUGGGGACAGCGGUGUCUGCCGGCACAAGGAGGAUGCUGCUGUGAGCUGCUCAGAUGCACCCAGCACAGAAGCACCAACCCCCCGAGCAGGUGCCCCUGGGGGCCGUCGGACCAGCAGCAGCAGUGUCUCAGUGCCUGUCAUCAUCUGCAUCGUCCUGGGAGCCCUUCUCUGCCUGCUCCUGGCCCUCCUGGCUGGACAAGUGCAAAGUGCCAGGGCUGGGCGCAGAGCUGCCCAGGCCCCUUGGGAGCCCUUCCCUCAGGCUGUGUAUGAGGAGAUUGGCUACAGCACUGCAUGGGAGAAGCAGGAGAGGUUCAGUGACUCAGGCUCCUAUUCAGAGGGGUCUUUGGCCAAGCUGCAGCCCAAGCCUGGUGACAGAGAGGAGGAGGAGGAUGGCCUGGAGUCAACAGCAGAUGUCUCUGUGCUGGCUGGAGGUGACCCACUGGAUGGCUAUGAUGAUGCCAGGGACAUUGCUAACCCUGGGCAGGAGCCUGUGUUUAGACAGGGAGCCAGGGAAAUGCCCAGGGAGCCAGAGGAAGGAUCAGGACCCAGAGAUGAACCUGGAGAUGGCUCAGUCCUGGCUGGAGGUGACCCAGUGGAUGGCUACGAUGAUGCCAGGGAGAUGUCUGCCCCUGCACAGGAUCCUGUGUUUAGACAGGGAGACAGGGAAAUUCCCAGGGAGCCAGAGGAAGGAGCAGGACCCAGAGAUGUGGCUGGAGGGGCAAACCUGUGCUCACAGAGCAGUGCUGAGGGGCCUGGAACAGAUGUGUGGGCCCUGUCCCUGGAGAGCACAGGCUAUGAUGAUGCUGAAGAGCUGCCUGCUGCACAUCCCCCUGAGGACACAUGGGGGCGACAGCACAGCUCCCUGAGCCCUCAGCCAGCAGAGCCCAUCCCUACCAUGAGGCUAAGAGAGAUCUGA